CCAACACAAACUUAACAUCUAAACCUACCCACCGAACUUUUCCUCACCCAAUAAGCAAGUGACAUACAUCACAACACAACACUCAAUUUGACAAGAUCUGAGUCUGAAACCAAGGUCAACCUUUGCUAAUGGCUCGGAGCAUAACGGACCUUGGAACUGGGGCGUCUCUGGUGGUGUUGUUCUUAUGCUUAACUACACACUUUUCGGUGCUCCCACUUGCAGAGGCAGUAUGGUUUACAAUCCCCACUACGGGGACUAAGUGCAUGUCCGAGGAAAUCCAGAAAAAUAUUGUUGUUUUAGCCGAUUACUAUGUUGUCACUGAUGGCGGUCCCCAGCUCAGCACAGUUUCUGUCAAGGUAACAUCUCCUUAUGGGAAUAGCCUUUACGACAAUCAAAAUGCUACACAAGGUCAAUUUGCAUUUACAACGGAGGAGAGUGGGAACUACGUGGCGUGCUUUUGGAUGGAUAGUAAACAUGAACAAGAAGCAACUUUGAGCCUUGAAUGGAAAACUGGAAUUGCUGCCAAAGAUUGGGAGUCCGUUGCAAAGAAAGAGAAGAUCGAGGGUGUUGAACUCGAGCUCAGGAAACUUGAAGGAGCAGUACAAGCCAUCCAUGGUUAUCUAGUUUAUAUGAAGGAUAAGGAAGCAAGGAUGAGAGAAGUCAGUGAAAAAACGAAUAGCAGAGUUGCUUGGUAUAGCAUCAUGUCUCUUGGUAUCUGCGUUUUGGUUUCUUUAUUACAAGUGUGGCAUCUGAAGCGUUUUUUUCUGAAGAAGAAACUGAUAUAGAUGUUGCUUUCAUAUGAGGCUUUAUUUUUACUCAACUUUUGGAUAGUCUAGGAUGAAUUCUAUGUUGUAUAGCUUUUUGUUUGUUGAUACUUACUAUGUAUCAUUAGGGGUGCCCCUGCAAAGGGAUAUGUGGUGUUACAUUUCAAAUUUAUAUAGAUAUGCUGAUAUGCAUAAUUGAAGAGCUAGCUAUAUCUGCAACAU